UUUGCUGUUGUCCACUUCAUCAGCGCUCCCAUAUGGGGAGGAGUCUUUAUUAUAGUAGCUGGAGGCUUGGCUGUCUGUGGAGGGAACAGUCCUGAAAAUGCCUGUCUGAGGAUAGCCCUACUGGUGAUGAGCAUCUUUGGCAUCAACUUUGCCUUUGUGAUUUGGAUCGUCGCCAUCAUAGGACUAACCGUCGAUGGACCCAACUGUGAAUGGUCCAUUCUCGAUCCCAACUGGCGCAGUGUUGACUGUGGUGGGAUAUAUGCACUCCAUGGCCUCCAGCUGCUGCUGGGACUGACCGAGACAGUUCUGAUGUUCAUAGUCAGCAUCAGGGCCUGCUGUGGAACCUGUUGUAAGAACUGCUGUGACGGCACACAACAGCCUCCGACACAUGCCCACGUUUACCAGCCAGGGCAACCCUUACCACAACAGGGGUACUCUGGGGACAUCCUCGUGCAGACAGUGCCUGGUGCUCCUCCUGGCCAGCCGUAUGCAGGACAGCAGCCAGGCUACAACCCACAAGCACAACCUGGGCCGUACCCAACCCAGCCCCAGCCUGGGUCGUACCCAACACAACCCCAGCCUGGGGCGUACCCAACACAACCCCAGCCUGGGGCGUACCCAACACAAGGGAUGCCCCAACCCACUGUGUCAGAACCUCCACCUUAUAACAUGGGUGCAGAGCAGAAGAUUUGAAUGCAUUUUUGCUGUUUUUUCAUAUGCCCACCAAGUUUAGCUUCAUACUCAAUGGCACUGAUUUUAUGUAUCAGCUAAGGAUGCUUGACGCAUACAAGAAUAUAUGUGGAAAACCUACUUUGAUGUUAUGCUACCCUUUUGGAAAGGUAAACAUUAAUUUUACUGAUAUACUACGGACCCACACAUGAAUUCUGAAAUAAGCAUGGAUUAAACAAAUAUAUCUUUUGGUGAAUGUUUCUACCCUAGGAGUAUGAGAUACGCCUAAUGGAAAGCUGCUAUUAAAUGUUUUAUGUGUAUCAGAGAACCAAGGGCAUGAUGUGAUCAUUGCAGCCGUACAAGGAGUCUAGAAGAGUCAUAAUCAAAAUUCAUGAAGUCCGCAAUCAUGUUGAUUAUAUGGGCACUAUAUACGGAAGUACAUGUAUGAUAUGUAGCACACCAGUUACGUCAUGUAAUAUUCUUUGUUGCUGCUAUAUCCAACAUGUGUACUACUGUUGUUGUGAACAAUCAAUGGAAUAAAUUGAAAUCCACAUUAAUGGAUAAAGUAUACAAUGGAAGCCUCAAAUCUAUGUAAUUGAAUACCAAUUACAUAAGCAUUCAGCAUUCAAGAAAAAAUGUUUCAAUGCAUUAACCUAUUGAAUUAAGAGA